AUGGCUUCACUUUUCAUUUUAAAAAAACCUGACUCAAAUAAAACUAACCAAGAUAUAGAAAUUAUUGAGAAAUCUAUUAGUAAGAAAAUCCGUAUCGAUGCAAAUGCCGAGGAAACUACUGAAAAUCUGCACUUCCUUGUUGUCUCUAGUUCUUCUGGUGAAUUGCAAAAGAUGUCUUCUUUUCUAUGUUUCUCACUUAAGGCUAUUACAAUUGAAGCAGAAGAACGUGAAGAUGGCAGCCGAAGAACAACUCGCUAUGACAUAGACAUGACAAAAUGUAUUUAUUGUGGGUUUUGCCAAGAAGCUUGUCCUGUAGAUGCUAUUGUUGAAGGUCCUAAUUUUGAAUAUUCAACUGAAACACAUGAAGAGCUUCUGUAUAAUAAAGAGAAGUUAUUAAGCAAUGGUGAUAAAUGGGAACCAGAAAUAGCUGCAAAUAUUGAAGCUGAUUAUUUGUAUCGAUAGAUAAAUAUUUAUUGUAGUUUUUACUUUGUUGUAUUCUCAUAUGAAAACUUAAACGGGAAUCGUCUAUUCAUUAAAUGUUAAGUUAGUAUAUAAAUAAAAAGAAAGAGAAUUUUGUGUGUAAAUUACAGUUUCUCCCUACAGUAUUAUUUUAAACUUUAGUUAUUAAAAAUUUGAAACGUUUGUCAUAGUAUGAUAGUUAUUUACAUGACUGCUGGUUACUCAGUUUUAUUCAGAUUUUAUGAAAACUGAGAACAGUGAGCUGUUAAUUUUUUUUAAUAGGUCAAUAAUUAAGGACCAAGUAAAAUUCUUUUACUUCCAGUGUUUUAUUUUGCUUAUUAUGUAGCACAUGUCUACUGUUUUCAUGCAGUUUGAAUAUUGAAUACUGUAAUGAAUAUUUCAUUACACAUGUUUUGAAAAAGAUGAUGAUGAAUUAUCUAUGCCUGAUAAAUAAUAGAAUGGUUUUCCAAAGGAAGAUGAACAUAGAAAAAUAUUUUAAAAUAAUCGAUUCAGUGUCAUUCUGAACAGAGUUUUAAAUUCUUUAUCAGAGAGAUUUGAACAGUUACAAAGUUUCAAUAAUGAAUUCCAAAUAAUUUUAAAGAUCUGCCUGAUAAAAAUAAAGUAGCAAGUUAUGGUUUGGAGGCUAUUUUAAGGUACUGAGAGAAUAGUGAAGUUAAUGGAUCUGAUCUCUUGACUGAACUAGAUAUAGCCAGAGAAUUAUUUUCUGAAGAUGUAAAGCUUCCAACAGAAGUCUCUAGGUUCAUAAACACUAAUAAGUUUGUAGGAUUACUAUUAUUUUGCAUAACGAGUUGUUUUAUGAUUUAGAUCUUUACUAUCACUUCUUUCCAUUUCCUCACCAGAAUGUUGAGGUUAGAUAGUAUUUGAGUGGAGGGUUUUAGAUAUUAAGACAGAGCAUGUGUCGGCUUCCUGAGGCCAUGUUACUAAGUCGCCAGCUCUGAAAAGAUUGUAAUUUUUAAGCUUUGCUUUAUUACUUUUGACAUUUAAAUUGCUAAUGCAGGUGAGAAGUUUGUGAACCAAUUUCUUGUUAAAUCAGUUAUGCAGUCAUUGACUACUAAGUUUGAAUUUGUUACUUUAAGUUACAUCGCCACAAGUGCAGGUUGAUUUGUAAGCACAAGACAUGCAUUUUGUGUUCAAGUUCUGAUUUGAUGAAAAAAGAUUGUUUUAAACAUUUUAAAGACUCUUUUGUUGUUUUAGACCACUGAUAAUUCGCCCUAUGUCUGUUAGGAGUUUGAUACUAGUUUUUGCUACCAAAGAAGACCAAAUUCUAUAUGUUAUGCCAGAUCUCUGGGUUGCAUUAAGAACAGAGCCAGAUCAUGCCAGAUCUCUGGAUUGCAUUAAGAAAUUAUAAAAUCUUUCAAAGAUGCUGUUAAUAUCAGAAGCAAUCUUAAGUGCUUAGAUUAUAUAAACAGCUGAGUUCAUGAGUUUAGUGCAAAAACCAAAACAUACGAUCUCGAUCCGACUGUAAAGGCAUUGUGCCCUAGUAAAUAUAUUAUUAUUAUUGCAAUUUUGUUGUAUGUUUCCUUCAAAUUGCAGAAAAUAUUUCCUUUGCAAAUGCUAUUAACUUCCAUGUUAAUGUCCUUGUCAUUCUAAUAUACUGUUGCCUUAAAUGAAAGAAAAAGUGUCAUAAAGUAGUAAAUGUAUUCAAUAUCAUUGCUGAAUGUAAUACAGGUGUAUAAGAAAAGAAACUUCCUUCUGUACAAAAGAUGUUGCACAUUAAAAAAUGGGCAAUAUUCAUAAAGUAAUAUUAUUCUAUUUAAAA